ACCGCUGCCGCUCGGACCGUCGCCGUAGUUUGGCGGAAAAAACCGGCUCCAUCCUCGGCCUGGAGCUGCGUGAUCCGGCCGGAGGACCGACACCUUUGGACUCGCAGGUACUGCUGCAGGAUCCUGCUGGUUCCGAGGGAACAGUUCGUGUAGGGCUCGGUUCUGGAUGGACACUGUGAAAUCGGAGAAACUUUAGUGGGACGGAACCGGAUCGGAUGACUCGCUUUGAAAAGCCAUUUGUGUCCAACAGGAUCCUGAAAUCUGAUUCUGCAGAGGAGACGAUGAUCUGGACCCAAAGAUUCACUAAACAAACCGGACCGAACAUCCACAGGAUGUGAAACCUUCAUAUCAAAGACAAACUGAGCUGCUGUUGCUGCAGGCGCUCUGAGUGCGGACUGGUCCGGUUCUGACCCGAACCCAGUGUUUCCCUGACCAGCUGAGCGUCGUCUCCCUGGAAACAGAGAUGCUCCGCGGCGACAGGAAGCAGCAGGGAAGCAGACAGGAAGUGGAGGGCCAGACCACCGUCGGCUGACUGAGCUUCUCCACCUGGCAGAUCUCUCGCUCUCUGACAACACAAGAUGUCUGCCGAUAACAGCCCGCCGCCCUCAUGCCCUGCCCAGAACCAGGCUCCGCCCACGCCGUCGCCCAGCCCGCCCGCCGCCGUCUGCGGCCGACUGUCCGACGGCAGCCAGACAGGCCCCAGCCCCACCAACUCCAGGGGCUCCCUGCAGGGCGUCUCCUUCCUGCUACAGAUCGGACUCAACAGGGAGACCGUGACCCUUGACCCCGGAGACGUGUCGCUACUGGCGGUCCGAGAGCUUGUCUGCUCCAUCGUGGAUCAGAAGUUCCCAGAAUGUGGAUUUUUCGGGAUGUACGAUAAAAUCCUGCUGUUCCGCCACGAUCCGACGUCCAGCAACAUCCUGCAGCGCCUGGCGACCGCCGACGAGAUCCAGGAGGGCGACCUGGUGGAGGCCGUGCUGUCAGCGCUCGCCAAGCAGGAAGACUUCCAGAUUCGGCCGCACACGCUCUACGUUCACUCCUACAAGGCACCGGCGUUCUGCGAUGACUGCGGCGAGAUGCUGUGGGGCCUGGUGAGGCAGGGCCUCAAGUGUGAAGGAUGCGGCCUGAACUACCACAAGCGCUGCGCCUUUAAGAUCCCUAACAACUGCAGCGGCAGGAAGAGACGGCUGUCCAACGUUUCUCUGCCGGGUCCAAACCUGUCUGUGGCACGACCGCCUUCCACCGAGCUGCCCCCGAUGCCGCUGGAGGAGCGCCCCCUGCUGGGGGCCGGGAAGCGUAACUCCCUGCUGAGCGGCCGUCCCAUCUGGAUGGAGAAGAUGGUGCUGGGUCGGGUUAAAGUCCCCCACACCUUCUCCAUCCACACUUACACCCGGCCCACCAUCUGCCAGUACUGCAAGCGGCUGCUGAAGGGGCUCUUCAGACAGGGCCUGCAGUGCAAAGAUUGUAAGUUCAACUGCCACAAGCGAUGCGCUGCCAAAGUUCCUCGGGACUGUCUGGGUGAGGUGGACUUCAACGGAGAGCCGCUCAGCCCCAGUCUGGACCCCGAGGCCUCCAUGGAGGUGGAGGCCUGCGACCUGAACUGCGAUGGAGGUCAGAGUCUGGACGAGCAGGACGAGCCGUCCACGCCCGAGGACAAACUCUUCUUCAUGGACGGUUCCCUGGGAGACGCAGAGAAAGACGACGAGACGGCCAGAGCCAUCAGCCCGUCGACCAGCAGCAACAUCCCUCUGAUGAGAGUGGUGCAGUCGGUGAAACACACCAAGAGGAGGAGCUCUGCCGCCGUCAAGGAGGGCUGGAUGGUCCACUACAGCAGCCGGGACAACCUGAGGAAGAGGCACUACUGGAGGCUGGACACCAAGAGCCUGACUCUGUUCCAGAACGACAGCGGAGCCAAGUUCUACAAGGAAAUCCCUCUGUCCGAGAUCCUGCGGGUGGAGGCGGCCCAGGACUUCGGCCAUCUUGCCCAGGGCGGCAGCCCGCACUGCUUCGAGGUCAUCACCGCCUCCACUGUCUACUACGUCGGGGAGGACGCGGGCGGACCGCCCCACGGCCCGGCGCCGGCUGCUUCCGGAGUGGGCCGGGCCGUGGGGCGCAGCUGGGAGAAGGCCGUCAGGCAGGCGCUGAUGCCCGUCACCCCCAAGGCCAGCGGCGGCGCCGGGCCGAGCAAGGACCACAAGGAACUCUCCAUCAGCAUAUCCGUGUCCAACUCCCAGAUACAGGAGAACGUGGACAUCAGCUCGGUGUACCAGAUCUUUGCCGACGAGGUUCUUGGCUCGGGACAGUUUGGGAUCGUUUACGGAGGGAAACACAGGAAGACGGGCCGAGACGUGGCGAUCAAGAUCAUCGAUAAGAUGCGGUUCCCCACCAAGCAGGAGAGCCAGCUGAGGAACGAGGUGGCCAUCCUGCAGAACCUCCACCACCCUGGCAUUGUCAACCUGGACUGCAUGUUUGAGACACCUGAGCAGGUGUUUGUUGUCAUGGAGAAGCUCCAUGGAGACAUGCUGGAGAUGAUCUUAUGCAGCGACAAGAGCCGGCUGCCAGAACGCCUCACCAAGUUCCUGGUGACGCAGAUCCUGGUGGCUCUCAGGCAUCUCCACUUCAAGAACAUCGUCCACUGUGACCUGAAGCCCGAGAACGUCCUGCUGGCCUCGGCCGAGCCGUUUCCUCAGGUGAAGCUCUGCGACUUCGGCUUUGCCCGGAUCAUCGGGGAGAAGUCGUUCCGGCGCUCGGUGGUCGGAACGCCGGCCUACCUUGCGCCGGAGGUUCUGCGCAGUAAAGGCUACAACCGGUCGCUGGACAUGUGGUCGGUGGGCGUGAUCGUCUACGUCAGCCUGAGCGGGACGUUCCCCUUCAACGAGGACGAGGACAUCAACGACCAGAUCCAGAACGCCGCCUUUAUGUACCCGCCCAACCCCUGGAAGGAGAUCUCAGACGAAGCCAAAGACCUGAUCAACAACCUGCUGCAGGUGAAGAUGAGGAAGCGCUUCAGUGUGGACAAGUCGCUGAGCCACCCCUGGCUGCAGGACUACCAGACGUGGUUGGACCUGCGGGAGUUCGAGACGCGGCGCGGGGAGCGCUACAUCACCCACGAGAGUGACGACACGCGUUGGGAGGAGUACGCCGAUGAGCGCGGGCUGCACUACCCCACCCACUUCAUCAUGUCUCCCAACCUGGACGACAUGGACGAGGACCCUUAGAGGAAGCGGUUACCAUGACGACAUGCUGUCUCAAAGCUGCAGAGGCAACCCGAACGCUGGUUCUGUUUACCCAACCAGGUCCAGUAAUCAGGGCUUCUUCUCCUAUUCAACAGGCUGACAUAAAGGACUCAGCAGCGCCCCCUCAGGUUGCAGUAGGAAAAACAACACAGAAUUUAAUUUAUCUUCAGUUUUAUUCUCAGAGCCACUAAUUCCAUUCACAGCUUCAUCUAAUAAUCCAUAAUCAGAGGCUCCACUCUGCUGAUUAACUUCCUGGAUUAAUCCAGCAACGCUUUCCUAAUCUCAGGAAUUCACUUCCUGUUUCAGCAGCAGAAAAAAACAUCAGAUUAACUUCAGAUAUGAAAAUAAAAAUUCAGUUUAACUUCAGAUCUGAAGGAAAAUCAGAUUCUGUCCAGAAUCAAACCCGUUUGAUAUGUAAUCGGAUCUGAACCGAGGUUCCGAUCCGAAGCAGAAAUCAGAGCGAAGCUGAUUUCUGCUUCCUCUUCCUCACUGACUGACGAAGACCUGAGAACGUUUCUACUUUUGUAGCACAAAACCAUUAAAGUUGAACUGGGAACACUG